UUUAACUCCAUCUGCUAACUAUAGCACUGCUGCUCUGCGCGUGCAAAGAACCAUUUUAAAACGCAUAUCUCUCUCGCUCUCUCCUUCUUCUUUCUCUCUCUCUCUACAAAGAUAUACGCACCUUUAGCCUGGUACCCUUCAAGCUUCGAGCUCAUACAUACAAGAUGAAUGAGAGUUCUGACUCUGAUGCACUUGACAUUAUUGAACUUAGUAGUGAUGAGGAAGCUGAAGUCUCUCAUCGUAGACCUUUGUAUGUAAUCAAUCCUUUGCCUGUGAAAAAAGAAGCUCCUUCUAGUUCAGCAGGCACAGGGGUAGAAAUGGAAGGACAAAUUUAUUCAUUUAAUUCCCCUUCAAGCACAAAACAUCAUGAAGCAAGUCAUAAGAGUUUAGUGCUUGAUGUACAAAACAUACCUACAAGGUUUAAGGGUCCAUUUUCCGAGCUUACCAACUCAGUCGAUAUUAAACCUCAUAUUAUUGCUCCAUCUACAGCCUUUGUUUCAUCAGUUAGUAGAGACAAUCGCCAAGAAAAUCCUGUUAGCAGUUUUGAAGAUGGGAUCAACGUGAAUCAGAUGCCAUCUUUGGAAUCCACUGGGGAAUCAUCCACUGUGAGAAUUGGUUUGUGGUGGUCUGAUAAUGUUCAGACUUCACCUCAGGCUCCAUCUACAAGUCGUGAGUACAAUGACAUGCCUCGUCAGGCUAAUAAGUUCUACACUUUUUGGAAAGCGGGAGACUAUGAUAAUUUUGUGAGCAGAAGAUCUUCAGGGCAAGGUCAAAUGGAUCAUGUUCGUGUUCACCCAAAAUUUCUGCAUUCUAAUGCCACCUCUCAUAAGUGGGCUUUUGGAGCUAUAGCUGAGCUUCUUGAUAAUGCGGUUGAUGAGAUUCCUAAUGGUGCAACAUUUGUCAAAGUCGAUAGUGUAUACAAUGCUCGGGACGGGAGUCCAGUGUUGCUAUUCCAAGAUGAUGGAGGUGGUAUGGAUCCUGAGCGUAUGAGACAUUGUAUGAGUUUAGGUUACUCCUCAAAGAAGAACAAUACAACAAUUGGGCAAUAUGGAAAUGGUUUCAAGACAAGUACGAUGCGAUUAGGUGCUGAUGUGAUCGUUUUCAGUGGCUCAAAGCAGGGAAGCUGUGCGACUCAAAGUGUUGGCCUUCUUUCAUAUACUUUCUUAAGGAAAACGGGGCUGGAUGAUGUAAUUGUUCCAAUGAUUGACUUUGAAUUAUGUGGGGAUGAUGUGAAGCCCUUAAUUCGUCGUUCCCAAGAUGAUUGGACUGACAAUAUGAAUGCCAUUCUUGAAUGGUCACCCUAUUUGUCUGAAGAGGAGCUUAUGCGACAGUUUGAGGAUAUUGGCCCUCAUGGAACAAAAAUAAUAAUAUAUAACCUAUGGCUUAAUGACGAUGGCCUAUCGGAACUCGAUUUCACUGACGAUGAGGAUAUAAAACUAAAUGGUGAAGCUAAGUAUGAGACAUUAAGUAUCUCUCAGCAGCGACACAGAGAAAAUCACAUUUCACAUCGCCUUCGAUAUUCCUUGCGUGCAUAUGCUUCUAUUCUUUAUCUCAGGAAAUUCACGAAUUUUGAGAUAAUAUUAAGGGGAACACCUGUUCAGCAGCUUAUUUUUGCUGAUGAAUUAAAAUUUUCUGAAGUGAUUACUUACAAGCCAUGUCUGCGUGAUACAAAAGAGGCAGUGGUGUUAAUAGCAGUUGGGUUCAUAAAAGAAGCUGCAAUUGUUGGCAUCGAUGUCCAUGGAUUCAAUGUCUAUCACAAAAAUCGCCUUAUCAUGCCAUUUUGGAGGGUUUACCAAGAUGUCUCUAACAACGGAAGGGGCGUAGUAGGGGUUCUUGAAGCAAAUUUUAUAGAGCCAGCUCAUGACAAGCAAGACUUUGAAAAGACGGCUGUAUUUCAGCGCUUGGAGUCAAGAUUGAAACAAUUGCAAUCUGAAUAUUGGAAAAGCCAUUGCCACUUAAUUGGUUACCAGUUUGGGAAAAACACACUGGUAAUAAAUCAGCAACUAGAUAAUUUUCCAAAGCAAACUAUAGUCGGGCUUGCAGCUGUUAGUGCAGUGAGUUCACAACAAACAACAUACUCAGUCCCAGCAACACAGUCUCCUGCUCAAUUUGGUUUUGGUGUUCCUUUAGAAAGUAACGUCUAUAAAUAUACAAAUCAUCACCAAAGGACUCAAUUACCUACAGAUAGACCCAAUGUUGGAAUUCUUGUUCAGCAACCGGAACCGAGAAUGUCUGAAGGUGCCCAGAAUACCGUUGGCGAAGAUGUACCUGUUGAUUCAACAAGAAAAUUUGUUGAAAGGAUAUGCGAAGAAAACAUACAGUUGUUUAAUAGGUGUGAGCACCAUAGACAAAACGAAGCCGAACUGAAGAAGAAGAUUGAGAAACUGCGAAAUGAGCUCGAGGAAGGAAAGAAGAAAUGUGCUGAGCUUGCUGCAAAGAUAGAAUCACAUCGGAAACAAAAUCCAAAGUAGCUGCGUCCAAGUAGUUUUGCUAUAGUCAGUCACUUACUAUUGAAGUACACAUUUGUGAAUAGCUUCUAAUUGCACUUUAGAGAGAGAGAUAAAGAGAGAGAUGUAUUAAGGACCCGGUUUUUAUGCUGCCAAAGCCCGCAUAUGUAGAAAUGCAAGUCUAUUAAUAUAUAUAUUUUUUGAGA